AUGUCGUGGAGCGAUAACGAGAACGGCAGGUUCGAGCAGGCGCUGGCAGAUAUCGAGGCCGACCAUCCCGGGCGCUGGCAGCUCGUGGCCGAGGCGGUCGGCGGCGGCAGGACGGCGGACGACGUCUGGCGCCACUACCUGAAGCUGGAGGGGGACACGGCCGACAUGGGCGCCAGCAACCGGGCGGCCCGACGCCGCCAACAGUACCGCCGCAAUCGGGGACAGCAGCAGCAGCAGCACCAGCACGGCGCCGACGCCAACGGCACGGCGGCCAACAACAGCCGCAGCAACGAUAGGCGGCGGCGCAACGGCGGCGGCGCCAGUAGCAGUAACAGUAACAACAAUAGUCGCGCUAAUAACAACAGGUACGUACGUCUAUACGGCUGCCAGCUAAUUAAUUAA